AUGUCCGAAAAGGAAAAAGAGAGUAAGCCAGAGAUCGCUUCGGCGACAGAGGCAGAGGCCACUCGCGUCAACAGCAGAGCAUCAGCUCGUCCAGCAGAAGAAGACCUGCCAUAUGAGAGAAGCGCCGCAGUAGAAGAAGAGGACGAGAGCAAGUAUUAUCUCUCCGGUGCUCGUCUCUGGCUCGUCCACGUUGGAAUUCUCCUAUCUGUAUUCCUCGUCGCGCUCGAUCAGUCCAUCGUCUCCACUGCUCUCCCCAAGCUCGCUUCAGAGUUUAACGCCCUCGAACAACUCACAUGGGUCGUCUCUACUUAUUUUCUUACUCAGGCUGGGUUGAUGCUCUUCUUUGGCCAAGUUCUCACUUUUAUCUCGUCCAAAUGGAUUUUCCUUAUUUGUAUCGUCAUCUUUGAGAUUGGCAGUCUCAUCUGCGCCGUGGCUCCAAACAUUCACGUUCUCAUCUUUGGGAGAGCCAUCCAGGGUGUCGGUGGCUCUGGAGGAUACGUCUCCAUCCUCACCGUCAUUGCCCAAAUCGCUCCCUUGAAGCUUCGCCCAAUUCUACUCGGCUCCUUUGGUGCUGUGUUUGGCAUUGCUUCCGUAUUUGGGCCGUUGCUUGGUGGCGUUUUCACAGACCGUCUGACAUGGCGCUGGUGCUUUUGGAUCAACCUGCCGUUUGGAGCCAUCUCUCUAGCCGCUGUGACGAUUUGGCUUCCCGCACAUCCUCCCACCACAUCAGCCGAAGGCAAGGACAAGACGUUGUUGCAAAAGUGGAUUUCGCUAGAUUGGAUUGGCACUGUCCUUUCGCUGUCUAUGACGGUCUGCCUCUUGCUCCCACUUACAUGGGGAGGUGUCACACGACCAUGGAACGACCGCGUCGUGAUUGCUCUGUUUGUCACAUUUGGUGUACUCCUUGCACUUCUCGUCCUCUGGGAGCGUCGUCUCGGAGACCGUGCGAUGAUGCCCAUCUCAAUUCUCUUCCGACGAACUCAAGUGAGCGCCGGCAUUGCCAACUUUUCGAUCAUGUUCAUCGGCAUCUUCUACACGUACUAUCUACCCUUUUUCUACCAAGCCAAGGGCCGUACAGCAGAACAAAGUGGUAUUGACAUCUUACCGCUCAUGAUGGGCACCGUCCUCGGUUCCGGACUCGCUGGUUAUCUCAACAGCGCGACAGGUCGUUACACCCCUUACCUCAUCGCUGGACCCAUUCUCUAUGCGAUUGCUGCUGGACUCUUCUUCACGGUCGACGAGUUUACGUCGAAUGCAAAAUUGAUUGGAUUCCAAAUCCUUUUCGGUGUGGGCGAAGGGUUGGCCUUCCAGCAACCUUUGGUUGCGAUUCAGGCGGAAUACGCCGAUACGCCUGCGCUCAUCCCACAAGCGUCCUCAAUGCUCACCUAUCUACAACUCCUCGGUGCCGUUGUUGGAAUCUCAAUUGCCGGUGCCGUCUUUGGAAACCAACUGAGCAAAAAUCUGGCGGCAUACCAGGCCCUGUUUGGACAAGAGGUCAUCGAUGGUCUCAAGCAGUCCGUCACUGUCAUCUUCAUGCUCCCGAAACUAUUGCAAGGAAUCGUCAUUCACGCCUAUGUGGACGCCCUUCGAUACGUCUUUAUCAUUGCCGUUCCUCUUGCGGGAGUCACGAUCAUCUCUGCAUUCUUCAUCAAGAACUAUAACCUCAAGGAACGUGGUGUCAAGCCUGGUGCGGCAGUCGCAUAA